GUACUGCCCUGGGCGGGGGUCGCGGCCCGGGAAGCAGCUCUUGGUCCCGCCUCUGCGCCGCGGGGCCCGCCGCGCGCCCCGCGUUCCUGGAAGCCCGCGGGGCGCGGGAAGAAGGACGCACCCAGGUGAAGCGCAGGGGGUCGCCGCCGCCACCGCCUCCGAGAAUGAGCUGCCCCCCGAGGUCCGUCUCGCCGCCCCAGGACCCGAACCCCCCGCUCUUGAACCUGCAGAGACGCCUGCGUGGCCUCCGCCUCGCUAGCGCCUGGGCAGCCGUGUGAGGAUGUGACGCGAGCUGGCAGACGGAGCCCGGCCUCGGCGUGCCUCCCCGUCGCUAGAAUGUUCCUCAUGAACGCCCCUCCCGUGCUUGCUCUCCAGUCCACAUGGGAGGCCUUCGGGCGGCCGGGGAGCUGUAGGUUUCCUGGGCGCCUGCCGCAGCCGGGGGGCGCGGGGCGUGCGGCCGUGAGCGCCAGGGUGCAGAUGAUCAUCAGCUCGCUCCAGGGCGACCGGGCUGCCGCGCGGGGGGGCAGGAGCCAGGAGCGUGCCCUGCACAGGGGCCCGAGGGGCCGCGAGGCCCAGCCGGCCGCCGCCGGCCCCGCCUCCGCUGCCGAGUUUGACCCCAGGCGGGAGGAGGAGGAGGAGGAGGCCGCAGACACAGGGCCCCCGGGGCUGGACUCGGACAGCGACGACUCCGUGGACCGGGACAUUGAGGAGGCCAUCCAGGAGUACCUGAAGGCCCGGAGCGGGGCCGCCGACGGGGACGGUCUGCCGCGCAAGCCGGAGCCGCCCCAGAGCUGCGCCCCACCCGCCCCGUGCGCCCCCAGACGCGCCCCUGCUUCCGGAGGUGCCCCCGGCAGCCGCGUGGGAGCCGGCGGGGCCCCGGGCUCCGCCUCCCCGCUCAGCGUCAGCAGCGAGGACUCCUUCGAGCAGAGCAUCCGGGCGGAGAUCGAGCAGUUCCUGAGCGAGAAGAGGCAGCACGGGACCCCCAGACGGGACGCGCCCCCGGACCCACAGCCGGACCCCGGCGCCGCCAGAUCCUGCAAACAGCCGGGCGUCAGGGCGCAGCGGCCGGAGUCGGCGGGCACCUGCAGGGAGUUCGUCUUCCGGAAACCGCCCAGGUUGGCCAAGGCGGCAGCCGUGCAGCCCAGGAGCCUCAGGCCCAAAGCCGCCCCCGAGCCGGAGAGCUGGGGCGGCCCGAGGCCGGCUGCACCCAGGCCACCGGCCACCUGCCGCCCUGCAGAAGCCCCGAGUAAAGGUGGGGCCAGGAGGAACCCCGGCCCCGGGAGGCGGGGCCAGGGGCCCAAGGGUGCUGCGGCCCCGGCACACCAGGCCUCCGACUCCAGCAGCGACGACGGCAUUGAGGAGGCCAUCCGGCUGUACCAGCGGGAGAGGAGGAAGGAGGCGGGUGGGGACCCGCCAGGGGAGGGGCCGCCCGAGCCCCCCGCCCGCGGCGCGAGCCUCCCCACGAGAAGUGCCUUGCCCGAGACCCCCAGGAAGACGCCAGGCAGGAAGAAGCCGGUGGCCUCCAAGGCCGCGGACCUGGGCCCAGGGGGCCCUGAUCCCGCCCAGCCCCCCAAGCCACCGAAGGAGACCAAAGCCCCCGCCCCCCCAGGAAGCGCCGCGGCCAGGAGCGAGUCUGCGGGCGGGGCCCCGUGCCGGGCAGACACGUCCGCGGAGCUGAUGUGUGCCGAGGCCAUCCUGGACAUCUCCAAAACCAUCCUGCCCGCCCCCGGGGAGGGUGGCAACGGGCCCCCGCCCUGCGGCCCGCCCCCUCGGGCCCCCUGCGUGCCUUCCCGCCGCUGCGACGGGGACAGCAGCUCCGUGGACAGCGACGACAGCAUCGAGCGGGAGAUCCGGACGUUUCUGGCGCGGAAGGCACAGUCGGAGCCCUGCCCUCGGACCGCACAGAGCCCGCUGCUGCCGCCGCCGCCGCCGGGCCCCCACGGUCAGGCCAGCGGCCCCAGGGCCCCCGCCUCCAGAACGCUGGACCUGUCGCUGAGCCGCAGCAGGAAACGCCGGGGAGGCAGCGGCACCGCGUGCUCGUCCGCCCCCAAGAAGGCGAGCGAGGUGGCGAAGGAGGGCACCCCGGACGGUGACCCCGGCCAGGGGAGAGCCGGCGAGGCCUCCGGCCAGGAGGGCGAGGCCCGGGCACAGCCGCCGCCCUGCAGGACCGUUGGGCUGGGUGACGAGCCGGUGGCCCCAGACUCAGCGCGGGGCGGCGGGCCACCCAGCCCCGGGAAGGCGGCCGAGUGCAGGAGCGCGGAGGAGAAGGGCAGCUCGGAGGACAAGAGCAGCUCCCUGGACAGCGAUGAGGACCUGGACGCCGCCAUCAAGGACUUGCUGCGGUCCAAACGGAGGCUCAAGAAACGGUGCCGGGACCCCCGAGCCGCGGGCCGGAAGAAGGUCCGGUUCAGCACCCGCGAGGCGCGGGCCCCCGGCCAGCAGGGCGGCGCCCCCCAGAGGGGCUGGAAGGAUGGGAGCCCCCCCCUGCUGAAGAGCUGCCUCUCCAAGGCCAACAACAGGGACGGCAGGGAGGACCCGCCGCGGAAGCCUUCCGGCAUCUUCUGCAGCGGGACGGAGAGAGCAAAGCCGAGUGGCACCGGGCCCCCGGACACGCCCCCGGCCCCCCCGCCGGGACGGAGAGCCUGCCGAGGGCGCGGGUGCCCCGGCCACCCUCACGGCACGGCCGCCAGCCCCGGCUCGCGGUCUGAGGACAGCAGUUCCGUGGACAGCGACGACAGCAUCGAGCUGGAGAUCCGGAAGUUUUUGGCCGAGAAGGCCAAGGAGUCUGUGAGCGGUUUGGAGGCCCCAGGAGGGGGUCCCACCACGCUCGGGGCGGGCAGCGUGCCCAGGCCAGAGCCACCAGGCCGGAAGGUGGCAGCGGCAGCGGCCCCUGCCCUGGCCCUCCAGCCCGGGGUGUGCACCCGGAGCCAGAGGGGCAGGGGGACCCCACAGCCAGCGGCGGGGCCGAGGGCCGGCCUCCAUGCGGAGCAGGCCUGCCUCCCCACUGCUGCCCCGCCCAGAGGCCAGCGGGCGCCCCCCAGGAGCACCAGCGAGACCGCGUCAGCCCGAGGGCCCUCCGCGGGCAGGAGAAACCUUCAUCCCCGCAGAGACCAGAGCCCGAGAGGGGCCGGGCCUACCCCGGGGGACGGAGCCUUCGGUCGGCCGUCCGGCUGCGCGGAAGCGGGAGCCGGGGCGGGGAGCCUCGGCGGGACCUUGCCCGUGACCCCCCGGGGCUGCAGCGCCCUGACCCGGAGCCUGGGCGCGGGCAGGGAGGGCGGGCCCCCGGCCGGCCUCGCACUGCCAUGGGGCAACUUUGCCCACCAGAGGCGGCUGCAGAGCCCGUGGGCCGUGAGCUCGGACGGCGGGGACUCAGCCUGGAAGGGGGGCCCCGGGGGGGAAAGGGAGAAGGCGGCGGAGGGCCCGGCCCGGGGGGGCGCGCCCGACCUCGCCGGGGACCCCAAGAAGGGCCUGCCCUUCUCGGGCUCUCACCGGCUGCGCCCCACACAGCUGUUCCCCCUUCGGGAACAGCGUGGCCUGGUGGGAACCGCGCCGGCCGGCCUCUUCGGCCCUGGCCUGGGCCACCCUCUCGCAGGGCCCGUCCUUCUCGGCCUUCGCGAGGCCCCGGCCGGGCCCGGCCCAGUGUUCGGGGGCUCGCACCUGCUGGGGAAGAUGGAGGGCGGGCACUGGCCCCGGCGGAGGGCUCCGGCCGCUGCUCAGCUUCCACGGCGGCGGGCCACUUCGGGUCUGGACGAGGACGUCCUGGACCUGCGGUACGGCGGAGGGCGGACCGGGACCUCCAAGGACCCGGAGGCCUGGGGCAGCGACGCCAGCGAGCUGAGCGACACGUCCGUGGAGGACGGCGGCCCCUCCGUGGCCCCCGGCAAAGCCCUGAAGCUGUGAGCACACGUGUCCGUCCGCUAACGGGAUCGAUGCCCCUAUUUAACAGCUGUGUCCUGGUAAAUACGAGUUUUGUAGCUUUUUUUGUAAAUUAUUUAAAGUGCUGUAAAAACUAUUUUUGGAGAAUA